UUCACAACAGUCGAGAGUGUACAGAAAGGCAGUGGAUUCCUCUCAUACAUUUUCACGCAUAAAUGGAGGCUCGAUCUUAGGGCGCCACCAAACAGCCCUAAAGCCCGAAACAUGGUGAAGGACCAAGAAGUGGAGCGCAUUGCUAAGAAGCUGGACAAAAUGGUGCAUAAGAAAAACACAGAUGGGGCCAUUGACCUGCUUCAGGAGCUGAAGAACAUGAAAAUGUCUCUGGAGACCCUACAGUCCACGCGGAUCGGGAUGUCUGUAAAUGCCGUGCGGAAACAGAGUUCUGAUGAGGAGGUGCAAAUUCUGGCAAAAUCACUCAUCAAGACCUGGAAGAAACUACUGGAUGGUUCUGAGGGUAAAUCAGAGGACAAGAAGAAAGGAGGAUCUCCACUCCAGUCCUCCUCUAAAGACUGCCCUGGAUCCAGUGACACCAGUAACAAACUGGAGAUGCCAAAAACUCCCACCACCCCUGUAACCCCCAAAUUCACCACCUUCCCACCUGCACCCAUCACGACUGACAGCGUGCGAACUAAAUGCAGAGAGCUGCUGGUGGCAGCCCUACAGACUGACGGUGAUUACAAAACAAUUGGUGCAGACUGUGAACACUUGGCAGCACAGAUUGAAGAUUGUAUCUACCAAGAGUUCAAGUCCACUGACAUGAAGUAUAAGUCCAGACUGAGGAGUCGCAUCUCCAACCUAAAGGACCAGAAAAACCCAGACUUGCGCCGGAACGUUUUGUGCGGCAACAUCUCGGCAGACCGUAUUUCCAACAUGACUGCAGAAGAGAUGGCUAGUGCGGAGCUGAAAGAGAUCAGGAAAGCGCUGACCAAGGAGUCAAUUCGAGAGCACCAGCUGUCUAAAGUGGGUGGCACGGAGACUGACAUGUUCAUCUGUGGCAAGUGCAAGGGCAAGAACUGCACCUACACUCAGGUCCAGACACGCAGCGCUGAUGAACCCAUGACCACCUUCGUGCUGUGCAACGAGUGUGGAAACCGGUGGAAGUUUUGUUAAAGACUAAAGUGACCAGGAUUCUUCGUAUUAAGAGAUGACCUGAAUUCAUGGUGUAAGAAAGUACUUUUUUUUUUUCUUUUGAGAAAAAAAAAAAAAAGUCUGCCUUUUUUUUUAUACAUUAAUUUUCAUAGCUUUGCAAUAUAUAAUGUAGAGUGUUGCUACUUCAAAAAACAGUUUCUGUAUUUUUUUUUUUCCUUUUUACUUGUGUUAUAUCUUUGCCUUUCAUACACUGCAGAUAACUUAGUAAGUCAGCUCGCUUGUUCUUGCUUUUGCCUUAGAUAUAGCGCUUGUGCCUUUAAAUUGCUAUAUGAGUGCUGAGUUACUGCUGAACGAAUUUGUACACAUCCAUACUGAUUUUCUUUGAACGUGUGCUUUUCAUAUAUGUAUAUGUGGUUGAUGCAUUUCGCAUGUGAUUUAACCAAAUUUUGAUAGGUUGGUUGCAGUUUAAAUGGUCUUAAAGGAUUUAUAGAUAGUAUUUGAGCCUUUAGACAGUUAGACAAGGAAAAAAUAACAAUGUGGUACAUAAUUGAAGGUUCAUAUGUAUUGAAAUAUCUGAAUAUCUGGACUGUUUUGUCUCAGUAAAUUUGAAACAAACAAAAAAAUUGUGGUUUGAGUGUUUUACCUUGUGUAUUGGAAUUUCAAACGCCGGACUUUUUGUAAAAUCAAUAGAUGGGACAAUUGCUAGUUUAAAGUUAUAUUCCAGGUUCAAUACAAGUUAAGCUCAAUCGACAGCAUUUGUGGCAAAAUAUUGAUUACAACAAAAAUACAUUUUGACUUGUCCCUCCUUUUCUUAAAAAAAGAAGUGAAUGGGGCCAAUCUGUAAAUAUUAAAAUACUCACCGUUUCAAAAAUAUAGUCACAAGACAUAAACAAUAUGUGUGGUAACAUAAUUUUAGUGUGAUACAAUCGCAAAUUAACCUUUUCUGUGUAAAGUUAUAGCCAGUUUUACAACUUCAUUGCCAUGACGAUGUAAUAUCAACAAACAUUAAAUGACUGUAAAAAUUAUGAUUUAAACAACUUUACAGAUCAAAUAAUAAAAUAUAUAUAUAUAUAUAUUUUGUCAGUUUUAACAGAAGAAUUAAUGUUAUUAUAAAAUUAUAAGCUUCACAUUUCCACCUUUAAACCCUCCAAAAAUUGGCCCCAUUCACUUCCAUUGUAAGUGCAUCACUGCAACUUUGACUGUCUCAGAGUAAAUUCUGUCAUAAUUUACUCUCAUGCUGUUCAAAACCCAAAUUACUUUCUUUCAUGGAACACAAAAGGAAAUGUUAUGCAGAGUCUCAGUCAUACAAUGAAAGUGAAUGGUGACUGAGGGUAACAUUUUUUAACAUGGAAAAAAAGGUCAUAUGGGUUUAGAACCACUGGUGUA